CUUAUCGAUCUCUACUUCAAGAAGAUCCAUCCCAUUCUGCCACUCGUAGAUGAGAAAGAGUUCCGAGAGCAGUAUGACUCUGGAAAUGUUUGGGAACCUUUGGCACACGCCAUGUGCUUGGUCGCUGCAAAGGACCCUGACGCAGCGGUCCAUCUCAAGAUCCACCUGUCUCCAUCGACUCUCCCGCCACGAGAGUUCUGCAGUCGGUUGUAUGCGUCUGUGUUAGGCUAUCUGAAGGCCCCUUGUCAAUAUGACAAAGUCACGCUGAUCCGUAUAUUUGCGCUUGCUUCGCUCCACAGUGAAGGACAAGAUGGUGCAGCAGAGUCGUCGAUGCUGCUGUCUCAAGCAAUGCACCACGCUCAGACACUUGGCAUACACCUUGGACAGCAGUCAAGUAACCGGCUAGAAACCGGCUUACCGGCGAAGCGGCUCUUCUGGUGCCUGUGGGUGCUCGACCGUAUUAAUGGCUGCAUCGAUACCCGGCCCGUUAUCAUGAGCGACAUCGAUAUAGCCAUCGACGGCUUCGCGCCUGGAGAGAGCGGCUAUCCGGCAUUCGAGGCCUGGAUCCGUAUUACUGAAUUGCUCAACAAGAUCUUAUCGUUCUACCGCCCGCACGUCUCGCUGGACAACACGGGCUGGGAGGAUGAAUAUCCUGGUCUGGAGGAGAUAUUCGACGAGACUGCAGCGUGGCAACUGCCAUCAAGCAUUCUCGUAACGUUGCAUCUGUACUAUCUGACCGUCGCCGUGCUCUCCCAUCGUUCCCGCGGCGUCAAGCAGGUACCUCGUGCGACUUACUCGGCGGUAAGGCAAAGGCUAUGCGCUGGCGAGAUCAUCCGAGUGAUGGAGUCGGACUACGCCAAAGAAGUGCAUGCACUGCCUUUCAUUCCCUACUCGGUAUCACUUGCCCUGUCAGUCUCCUACCAGCACCUGCGGCAAUCACAGCUUCAGCAUCAGCAGGAAGACGCGUGCGUGGAGUUCCGUAAGUGCACCAAGAUAUUGCAGAACCUGCGGCGAGUCUGGGGCUCAGCAGACACCAUGGCCGCUCUUGCUAGCAAGGUGCAGCGGCAGAUCGAGAAGGCG